AUGUUUCUUCAGCAAAGAAGCAAAGUAAACUGGUUCAAACUGGAAGAUGACAACACAAAGUAUUUCUAUGCAGUUAUUAAGCAUAGGAAACUUCAGAAAGCAAAUGUCCAAUUGACAGAUGAGGAGAAUAUAGUGCAAACAGAACCUGAAGCCAUAAUCAACAUCUUUGUGAGGUUUUAUAAAGAUCUAUUGGGGAGGAAGGAAAGGUGUAAAACCAUGGCAUUUACAAGUUUUUUGAGGAGUGGGCAUACUUUAUCAGUAGAUCAACAAUUGGAACUGGUAAGAGAGUAUACAGGGAAGGAACUCAAGCAUGUCAUGUUUAGUAUAGACAUAAACAAAAGCCCAGAUCUAGAUGGCUAUAGUAGUGAUUUUUUCAAGAAAGCAUGGAGUAUAGUAGGGGAGGAUGUGACUAAGGCAGUUCUAUAA